UUUGAGUACUACAUGUAGUGUGUGGUUCGCCUAAUAACCAGAACUGAGGGUGUGCACAGCAGUUACAAAUCACCAACAUGAUCCAAAUGUUUAAUGCAUUUGUAGUUACUGUUACCAUUUCUUGUUUUAGAACCAACCGCAUUAUUUCCUGUGUCUAUUCUGUACACCGUUUGAGUUCGAUCAGAAGGUGUUGGAUGCACCCACAUGUCGCAUGCCCAUUAACCUGUCUAUAAACCUGUACAAUGACAUGUGAACAGGGACUCUGUAUGUACGGAUAUUUUCCCCCCCGAGUCAUCCAAGGUGAACAUUUAUAUGAAGACUUUCAGGCGUGGACUCACCAUGGCUGAAAAGUUGCUGAAUUGUCGACAGAAGCGUCCCUCGGCCAAGUAUGUUCUGGUUUGUUUCCCCUGGGCGGGAGGCGGCUCAAACUGGUAUGGAAGAUGGGCACAGCUGCUGCCAGAAACCAUAGAAGUUUGUGCUAUAAGAUUGCCAGGAAGAGAGAACAGAUUUCAAGAGCCAUGUUACAAAGACCCGGAUACUUAUAUCCAAGAUGUCACAGCUGCUGUGUAUAAAUAUGUCUCUGCUCACGGAACAGCACUGGCUAUAUGGGGACACAGCCUGGGAUCUUAUAUGGGAUAUGAGGUGGCUAAACAGCUCCAGGAGAAGCAUGGGCUAGACCCUGUCCAUCUUUUCUUCUCAGGGGCCUCUGCCCCACAUUCAGAGAAACGUAAACUAAACCAGGUAAAGACUGCAGGAAUGAGUGACGAGGAAUUCGUAGAAAAUAUGAGACGUUUGGGGGGAACGCCAAGAGAGAUCCUUGAUGACAAAGAAAUGAUGAAACUUUUCCUUCCAUCACUGAGAGCAGACUUCUGCAUACUGGAGAAUUACUGGAGCAGCUAUGACAAGACUCAAGUGAAGCCCUUUUCCUGCCCAAUCAGUGUGUUUGAUGGUUCUGAAGACAGGCCUCAUGAUUUAGAAGCUUGGUCAGAUUUGAGUGAUGGGCCCUUUCAUAAAAUGAUGCUAAAAGGAGGACAUUUCUACUUGAUAGAGGAGGCAAACACCAGGACUAUUACUGAAUACAUUGCAGCUAAUUUGACCUAGCAGAAAAUCAUAUGAAUUUUUCCAAAUCGUCCUUAUUAGGGGCCAUUCCUAUCGUACUAAGAGAAUCGUUCUAUCCCCCAAGUUGUUUCUCACUAAACUGCAUCUAGUUUAAAUGUGCACAAAAAUUAAUUACCCCCUAGCAGCUUCAGUGGGCAUGACAGACAUUUAAGGAGCUUAAUCUGAAUGCAAUUUAGUGAGAAUCCCCUCAGAGUUAGAUUGAAACUGCUAGUACGUAGGGUUUAUGGGAACCCAGUCUUGGUUUAUCAAAUGAACAAUUAGUGCAAUAUUUUGAGAAGCAACUGUUAUCUUUUAAUGUUAAGGCAUUCCUUUAUUGCAGUAGGAUGGCAGUGGAGAAUUAUGAUAAGAAAUGGAAAACUGUGCAAAAAUCUCUUGUAUGAAAAUAUUUUAUUAGUAAACAUGCUGAUACAAAAGGAACAAUUACAUAAAGUAUGUACAAUAAAUUGUAAGAUUUUUGUCUAACACUUAUUUACUUUCAUUACAACUGGGACAAUAAAAAAUGUAUGCCAUCAUAAUUUA